AUUAAAAUGUACAUUUGUUCCGUUGAAUCGACUUGAGCAAUAUUAAUUUUAAUGUUUACCAUAUUGUAAACACCAUUUCGACACGAUUUUGAACAUCCCUAUUUAUACGACAUCUUAUCUUUUAAUUAGUGCAGCUUUUUAACGAAAAUACAAAUGCUAAAGAAGUUUAGUGAUGCACAAACAGUUGACAUAUUUAAAGAUGAAAAGGAUGGUAAACUUAGGGAAGUUGGAAAUCAAGCGGUUUGGUCGCUAUCGUCUUGUAAACCAGGUAGGUAGGUUAGAGUUAGAGUUGAGAUAGGCAGAUAGGCGUUGACGUUAAGUUAGGUAUCACUAUUAUGGCUGUAUUACUUAAUUAUCAAUAUAUUAUAUGUUACCGGUAAUGUGGGAAAUCCGACAUUGUAUAUAAUCCCUAGGAAUGCCUGAAAUUUGUAGGCAAAGUAUGAAAUGGCUUGUAUUUCAAUUUCACACAUUUCCUAGGCAUUCUUUACUUUACACUGCCAAUCAAAGAGCAACCCCACAAUGUCAUUGUCAAUGUAUAGAAAUUUUUUAGAAUACCCCACCAUUCCUGUUUGAUUCUUUGCACAGGGGUUCCCAACCCCUUGACAUUUUGCAAGACAUACGGACAGGAAGAGCUCGAAAAAAUAUUAGAAGGUGUACAAACAACACAGCAGGAAGAAGCAAAUCAUCAGAUGCAAGAUACAGAGCCCACUAUACAGAAUACUGAAGAGAAUGUAACCAAUAAUGGAAAAAAACAAAUUGAUUGUGACGGCAUGGUUACUCAAGAUCCUUCCUCUUCGGCUGUUUGUUGUGUCUGCUAAAAAGAAAGAAUCUGUACCCAUACAUCAUACAUGCUGAAACUGUCGCCGUAAUGUUCCUGUUAUCUGUGGGAAUGCUGCUAAAUACGACGGAGUUGAGGAAAUAGAAGGUUAUAGUGUUGGCAUUUUGUGCAGUCUGUGUUUCAAGAUUAAGAGAGCUAUAGACUUAAGCUAAAAAAUAAUCUAAAUUGAACCUUGAAAUCCAGGCCGAAAAAAAUGAAAAUAAACUCUUUAGAAGCCACUGUGUCAAUUCCUAUUCUUGACAUUGACAGGGCACUGGGUGACUACCGCAGUAUGUUUCCAGUUGUUAAGACAGUGACAGAAGACGGCUUUUAUCGAUUGGGAACUGCACAAGAUGUCUUGAAACAACUGUAUGAGAGAUCACAGUUCGAUGUAUGUCCAAAGGACUUAUUGAGAGUUGAAGACAUGCCUGACCAUGAAAUACCUCUCCGAUCUGCUGCUGUCUCUCAGUCAACAGGAAGCGGUUAAGGAUUCGUGAGGUGUAUGUGCAAGGCAAAUGCCAAAAUAUGGUGUCUUUGUAUGAAAACAAAUUAAUUGCAAUUCAAAAUGCCACUCCAGCCUUACUUGGUGCAACAAGUAGCUCGAUGCCACCUGUGCUUUCUGGUUUCGUUGUUAAACACAUCCUUUUACUUAUUUCAUAUUUCUUCUUUUGUUUUCAAAUGUGUUUUUCCAAUAAAAGCAUUUUCAUUAUGCUCUUUUGAAACUUUGCCAGAAGUAUAUUUGUCAUUAUGUAUAAUACCGAAGCAAUGUAUAAAAUGCCUAGGCAAAGUAUGUAACAUAAUCACGAAAAUCAAAUAUUUCAUAUUUUGCCUAAAAUCUUUAGGGCAUUUUAUAUAAUGCCCUAGGCAUUCUAUACAAUGCCUGCAUUUCACACAUUGCCGGUAAAAUAUAUAUUGCUAUUAUAUUACAAAUUAUUAGUAAUUAGGGAGGCUUCGGCCUUCUGUAUUAAUAUAUAUUAUAAAUGUAAAGGAUAAUAUAGUACUGUAGUAUAAAAAUAUAGUAUAAUGAUAAUAUAGUGUCAUGCUAAUACUAAUAAGUAGGUAGGCAUCAAUUAUUCAUCAAUUUCAAUACUAAAUAAUUUAAUAGUAUAUUAAAUAGGGCAUGCUAUGAUACUGAAUCUGAUGUGAUAGUCUGUACAGGUUGAAUGCAGACAAUUGGUGGUAUGACUUAUCACACAGCCGCCUUCUUGGUUGCCAUGACCUGUGAACUUUUAUAAUUCACUGUCACCAAACCUAUCCUGAACCCUAAAUACUAAAUGUAUCCCUAAACCUAACCUGAACCCCUAAAUCAUACUAAAUGUUUCCCUAAUGGCCUAAUGGUACCAAUUCUCUGCAUUAGCCCAAGUGGGAAAGUCUAUAGUUAUCAAUCGUUCAAUUAGAUAGGAUCAAGUAGGCAUCCAACAUCUUACUAAUUCUAAUACUGAAAGAAUUUUAUCUUUAAAUUGCUAUGUUGGGACUUUGAAAGAUUUGUAACAUUAAAAUGCCACCAAAGCUUUAAAUUCAGCUGAGGCUGGGAAAUAAUGUUAUUGUAAAAAUUUGUGUGCUAAUUAUUAUGAUUAAAAUUAUUGAAUGGCCUAAAUAUCUCCAUAAUUACCAUAAUAAUAGUUUUACUGCAUAUAAAGUGUGCAUUUUUUUUAAAAAUAGUGUUACUUUAGUUAAGUGAAACGGUAUAAUAACAUGAUUUUACCAAUCUCUUUAUAGGAAUGUUGUCAUGGUCACAUUACUUCCCCCCACCCUCCCAUUAUUGAUUUUCUGGUGGAAUAUUGGCCUACUGAGUUAUACAAUUGAGUACUCGUUAAAUUGGGUAAAUUGUUCAUCUAUAACACAAAUUAAUUUAUUCAAUGUCUAGAAAUCACUAUUUACUAAUUAUUCUUUUAAUGCUGUACAGAAUCAAUAUUUUUAACGGCACAUAAUCCGAUCAAGGUGCGAUGCAUACAAAUAAAAUAUAUACCAAGAAAAAUAAGUAUAAAAAAAGUGUGUAUUAGAUUAUGUCUUGAAAAUCCGAUUAGGAGUGAAAUUAUAAGACGAGACACAAAAAAAUUAAUCUUGAAGUGCACCAUGUCCUGUCUAAAACGUCGGCACAUAUUUUUUGGGACAAGAUAUUGUAUUGAUGACGCAAAAGUCAGAAUAUCACCAAUUAGUGUUUUGUCAUCAUAAUUAAGUUGAUAAAAAUUUAGACAUCCUUAGAGAGGUGUUUUGGACAGGACAUCAUGAGAGGAUGCCAGAUUAUAGUGUUGUAAAAGUGGUCUUCCAACAGAAGCCAAGAGGCAGAUGGCUCAACAGUCGACCAAGAUUGAGCAGGGUUGAUGAUGUAGAGAUGAAUUUACAUCGGCUUGGUGUCCACUCAUGCAGACAAAAAUUCAUUGAUCAGUCCUAAUGGAUUAAUGUGGCAGAACCAACUUGAUCUUUUGCCCAACAGAUUAUGAUAAGAGAUUGUCACAAAUAUAUUACCUACACCCCAUUUACCUACAGCUCCAUCUGUUCAAGCAUAUUGCUGUUUGAGAUUGUCACAAAUAUAUUACCUACACCCCAUUUACCUACAGCUCCAUCUGUUCAAGCAUAUUGCUGUUUGAAGAUACAUUUUAAGACACAACAUUUGAGAAGUAGAUCAUUAUCAACUUUCUGUGUAUUAAUUUAUUCAUAUUUUGAAAAUCUAUAAGGUUUUGGGGUGGACCAGUUACGUGAAGACUCCAAUGAAACAUACUGGCAAUCAGAUGGCCCCCAGCCUCAUACUGUAAGCAUACAGUUUAGGAGAAAGACAGCAAUACAAGAUGUUUGUCUAUAUGCUGAUUACAAAUCUGAUGAAAGCUAUACUCCAAAUAGGUAAUUUUUAAAAUUAUUUUUUUUUCUGUUAAAAAUACUUCCUAUUAAGUAAGAUAAAGCAUUGUAUUAAUGCAUUAAAUCUUUAAGCAAUAAAAACCCCAGACAAAGACUAUCAGCUUAUAUAAAAAUACUAAAAAAGUGUCCAGUUUUUUAAUUUGUAUCUAAAUCAAAAUGAUUAUCAUUGUUUUUGUUUUUAUUUAACACGCUGAUAAUGAAUAUGUACAAUGUUGUUAAAACACAUAUUUCCAUUUAUUUUGGAUCAAUAAACAAAAUGUUAUCUUGUUUCAAUGUAUUUUUUUAAUGUGCUUUAAAUUUAGAGUUUUAAAUAUUAUAUUUAAAUCCUUUUAUAACCAUUGUCCUAAUGCUCUUAAUAUCUGAUUAGUUCUCUAAAAGUUCUUCACUGGUAAUUUUCAAUUAGGUUAUCCAUUCGGGCUGGGAACCAUGCUAAUGAUCUAUGUGAAGUUGAGCAAGUUGAACUCAGUGAACCGACCGGAUGGGUUUGCAUACCUUUGAAAGAUGUCCAUGAUAAACCCAUACGAACAUUUAUGAUUCAAAUUGCUGUGCUUAGCAAUCAUCAAAAUGGCAGAGACACUCACAUAAGAAGGAUUAAAAUUAGAUCACCCAUAAACUAUGGUGAUGUGCCAUAUCCAAACACAAAUACUUCGGCCUUAAAGAAUUUAGUUUACACUGUAAGAUAAAAAAUACUCUGCCAAAUGUUAACUUUUUUUAUGGCCGAGCAGCAUGUUGAUUAUCAUUAAACAUUUAAUGUAAAUUAUUUUUAUGAAAAUUUGAAUGUUCAAAAUAAACCUCAAUUACUUAAUAUUUAGUUUGAGUGAUUUGUCUUUUUGAUAGUUUUAUUUAUACAAUUAAAUAUUAUACUAUACUUAAUUAUUGUGCAUUUUUUGAAGGGUGAAU